CAACUCACACGUCACACGUCAGUCGUCCACUUCACUUCAUACAGCGCGGUCACCUAACCUAAAAAUGUUCAAGUGCCUUAUACUUUGUGCUGUGAUCGCUGCGGUGCACUCAAAAACUGUCAUCGUGGGUCAAAUAUAUGAACAAGGUGGAGUAAGAAAAGUUUACGACAGGACAAUUGAAGCGAGCGCCAUACCCCUUUUCGUAAGAGAAGAAGAAGCUAAAUUCGAAUAUCCAACAGCAGACAUGAAGAUCAAAGGGAUCGCCAUUAAGGAUUUGGAGAAUGGGAACGCGCAGCCGGCUAUUAGGAGUGGAGGUCUGGGAUUCAACUUUGUGACUAUUAAUCUGAAGAGCGAGCGAGGAUCCGGAUAUAAAUACUUGAUUGAGGUUUUCGCUUGAUUUUGUCCUGUGUAACCGAACCUAGGAGUGUCCAUGUCUUGUGUGUGUCAGAUUUAAAGCAGAGAAAGUGUAAAAAUAAAGAAUCAUGUGAGGGGCCUGCAAAUUUUGAUUUUCGUGGCUCUGUUGUGUUAUGUAAUUGAAAACAUUAAAAGUUUUAUGAAGUCAUUCGUUA